GCUGACGAGGCAGAGAAGAGUCUCUCCAGAUCAGAACACCAGAUGGACAACGCUAGCCCUUCCUCCCUCCAGGAGUCCCCGUGUCAUGCCUCUCCCAGUAGCGCCUUACUGCUGGGUAUGAAGAGGUUGUCUGUGCUGCUGGUGGACUGCAGGAAAACAACAGGGCUGAGUGGAACUGUGAGAGGAGGAGAAGAGAAGAAAGGAUCAGAUUUGGCACAUCAAAGAGGAAAACCAAACUUGAAGGAACCAGAUACGUCCGAACCAGCAAGACGACACCUCUGCUGCCAUUGUGGAAAGAGUUUUACCAAGUUAGGAAGCCUGAACAGACAUGAGAGGGGACACACAGAACCGAAGACACAAAAUUGCGCCCAGUGUGGAAAGAGUUUUAGCUACUUAGGAAAUCUGAAAGCUCAUGAGCGAACACACACACGGGAGAUGCCUUUCCGUUGCUCCCAGUGUGGAAAGAAUUUUAAGCGGUUAGACACUCUCAAAACCCAUGAGCAAAUACAGACUAGGGAGAAGCCAUACCAGUGUGGAAAGAGUUUUAGCCAGUCAGGAACCCUGAAGGAACACAUGAGACUGCACACAAGGGAGAAGCCUUACUACUGCUCACAUUGUGGGAAGAGUUUUAGCCAUUUAGUUAGCAUGAAAAGACAUCAGAGGAUACACACAGGAGCGAAGCCACACCUGUGCUCCCAGUGUGGAAAGAGUUUUAAGCGGUUAGACACUCUCAAAACCCAUGAGCAAAUACACAUUAGGCAGAAGCCGUACCAUUGUGCCCAGUGUGGAAAUAGUUUUAGCAAGUCAGGAAGCCUGAAAGUUCAUGAGCGAAUACACACAGGGGAGAAGUCAUACCUUUGCGCCCAGUGUGGAAAGAGUUUUAGCCAGUCAAGCCUGAAGGAACACAUGAGACUGCACACAAGGGAGAAGCCUUACUACUGCUCACAUUGUGGGAAGAGUUUUAACCAUUUAGUUAGCAUGAAAAGACAUGAGAGGAUACACACAGGAGCGAAGCCACACCAGUGCUCCCAGUGUGGAAAGAGUUUUAAGCGGUUAGACACCCUCAAAACCCAUGAGCAAAUACACAUUAGGCAGAAGCCGUACCAUUGUGCCCAGUGUGGAAAGAGUUUUAAGCGGUUAGACACUCUCAAAACCCAUGAGCAAAUACACAUUAGGCAGAAGCUGUACCAUUGUGCCCAGUGUGGAAAGAGUUUUAAGGGGUUAGACACUCUCAAAGCUCAUGAGCGAAUACACACAUGGGAGAUACCAUACCAUUGCGACGAGGCAGAGAAGAGUCUCUCCAGAUCAGAACACCAGAUGGACAACACUAGCCCUUCCUCCCUCCCGGAGUCCCCGUGUCGUGCCUCUUCCGGUAGCAUCUUACUGCUGGGUAUGAAGAGGUUGUCUGUGCUGCUGGUGGACUGCAGGAAAACAACAGGGCUGAGUGGAACUGUGAGAGGAGGAGAAGAGAAGAAAGGAUCAGAUUUGACUCAUCAAAGAGGAAAACCAAUCUUGGAGGAACCAGAGACAUCCGAACCAGCAGGACGACACCUCUGCUCCCAGAUUGGAAAGAGUUUUACCAAGUUAGGAAGCCUAAAAAGACAUGAGAGGGGACACGCAGAACCGAAGCCACAAAAUUGCACCCAGUGUGGAAAGAGUUUUAGCCACUUAGGAAAUCUGAAAGCUCAUGAGCGAACACACACGCGGGAGAGGCCUUUCCAUUGCUCCCAGUGUGGAAAGAAUUUUAAGCGGUUAGACACUCUCAAAACCCAUGAGCAAAUACACACAGGGGAGAAGCCAUACCAUUGUUCUCAGUGUGGAAAUAGUUUUAGCCAGUCAGGAAGCCUGAAAGUUCAUGAGCGAAUACAUACAGGGGAGAAGUCAUACCUUUGCGCCCAGUGUGGAAAGAGUUUUAGCCAGUCAGGAAGCCUGAAGGAACACAUGAGACUGCACACAAGGGAGAAGCCUUACUACUGCUCACAUUGUGGGAAGAGUUUUAACCAUUUAGUUAGCAUGAAAAGACAUGAGAGGAUACACACAGGAGCGAAGCCACACCCGUGCUCCCAGUGUGGAAAGAGUUUUAAGCGGUUAGACACCCUCAAAGCUCAUGAGCGAAUACACACAGGGGAGACACCAUACCAUUGCGCCCAGUGUGGAAAUAGUUUUAGCCAGUCAGGAAGCCUGAAAGUUCAUGAGAGAAUACACACAGGGGAGAAGCCAUACCAUUGUGGCCAGUGUGGAAAGAGUUUUAGCCUUUUAGAAAGCCUGAGAGUUCAUGAGCGAAUACACACAGGGGAGAAGCCUUACCACUGCUCCCAGUGUUCAAAGUGUUUUGCCCAUUUAGGAAGCCUGAAGGAACACAUGAGACUGCACACAGGGGAGAAGCCUUACAAAUGUUCAGACUGUGGGAAGACAUACUACUCAUCACAGACACUUAAAAGUCAUGUGAGAAUCCACACAGGAGAGUAUACUUACUUAUCCUAGUGUGUGAACUCAUAUUUCACAUCACAUUGCCCAUUGUCUUAUAUUGUUGACUGAGAAUGUGUUUACUUGUUUAUACCACAUGAAAUGGAAUGGUACAGGGUAUACUCAAACAUAUAUAUUUGUUUGUUUCUAUUAGAAAACAUGAAUUGAAUAUGGAGUCUGUCAGUUUGAAUAUAAAGGAGAUCAGGUUCCUUCUUUUAAACGGUCCUUUUUUAAACUCUGUGUGUGUUUAUCUGGGUGUGUCAUUCCUCCAGCACUACAGAUAAUCAAGUGAUAUUUGGAUGUGAUGCAUUUGUUCCAUUGUUGACAUCUGCAUUGUUGGCCCACUGAUGAUUUAAUGAAAUUAAAAUGUUCACAGACUCUGUAAAUGGAAAAUGUUAAUUGUAUGUGUGUCCACAUAACUGAGUAUGUGACUAACCUUGUGAAACUGUCCUAUUAUAAUCUCCUGUUCCUGGGAGGAUCAUCCUGUGUUGCAGAGCAGCUGUUUGUGCCUCCCAGGAACAGGAAACUAUAAAGAUAUGUGCUCAUCACCCAAUGCUCCAGGAUUUCAGACUGUCUCCACUGUGCUGUGUAACUCUGUUAUUCUCUCUGAGCUCAGAAAUAAAGAAUCUUGGUUUGA